CGACUACAAAUACGUGCUGACUCAGCGUGUUGUGCUCAGUCAUGUCGGAAUGCUGCUGAGUGAUCCACUCAUAGUAUAUGCGUCUAGCAGGAGGGGCGACCCAUAGUGCGGGGCCCGAAAUUACCAGUCAUGUGGACGGUGGCAGCGAUUCUAGUGGGUAUUGUGGUACUAGUGGUUCUCAGCCGCAGACUUUCCGAGAAAACAUCGCCGCCAGGGCCAAGAGGUCUCCCAUUCAUUGGCAACAUCCUGGAUUUGCAGCGAGAACGAAGAGAAACUGUUCUUCUGCGCUGGAAGGAGAAAUAUGGCCCGAUAUACCAAUUCACGAGCCUAGGGAUGACAAACUUUGUCAUAUCAGAUCCCGACUUGAUCAGGGAGGCCUUCAGUAAAGUUGAAACAACUGACCGACCAACAAACAUCAUUUUCAGUCUAGUAAUGGCCGAUAAAGGUCUUGUGUUCAGCAGCGGAGAGCUGUGGAAGCAGUCACGGCGCUUCUCACUCCACCAUCUGAGGAACUUCGGUAUGGGUCGCUCAACGCUGGAGACAGUCAUCCAGGACCAGGUGCAGGAGCUGAUUGACGAUGUCCUGGCGCCGAACGUCGGUAAACCAAUUUGUAUCGAUCACAGUCUGCGGGUGGCCGUUGUCAAUAUCAUCUGGCGAAUUGUGGCCAGCAAGAAAAUCGAUCGCACGGACACCGCUGCUCUGCAAGCUAUGACGUCCUUCGAUGAGUUCGAUAGCUUCAAAAGUCUGUUCAUUGUAGUACUAAUGUUCCCGGUGUUGCUUCGACUGCCAGGAUGGGUAACGGGAAUGGACAAGGUUAGACAGAGGUUCAGAGAGUCCGUUAAAACACUGAUGAGGCCGGCAAUUCAAGAACAUGAGGAGACGGUGGACCUGAAUGGCGAGCCUCGCGACUACAUCGACUGCAUGCUGCAGGAGCGCAGUCGCAACCCGGAGCUCUUCACCAAAAGACACAUGCUUCGCUGCAUGAUGGAUUUAUUUAUUGCAGGCUACGACACGACCACUUCCACUCUGCGAUGGGCCUUCAUAUAUCUGACUUUACAUCCAGAAGUGCAGCGCAAGGUGCAGGAAGAGAUCACCAACGUCGUUGGCAAGGAGCGUCCGCCGGCCCUGUCGGAUCGGACCCGCAUGCCCUACACAGAGGCCUUCAUAAUGGAGACCCAGCGCAUGGCCAACAUCGCCCCCACCGGUGUAGAGCAUGUGACUCGCGAAGAGAUUCAGCUUGGUGGCUACACGAUCCCGCGCGGAGCCCAAGUCAUCUCGCUGCUGAUGGCCGUACACAUGGACGAAAAGCACUUCCCGGAGCCGGAGGUGUUCCGCCCAGAGCGGUUCCUCGACGAGCAGGGUCGUGUCAAGCCGAAUCGCGCCCUGAUGCCGUUCUCGGUCGGCAAACGGUCGUGCCUGGGGGAGGCCCUGGCGCGUGCCGAACUCUUCCUGUUCGUGACGGGACUCCUGCAGCGUUUCACGAUUCGGUUUCCGGAUGGAUUCGACCACGACCUCAGCUGCAUCGAGUACAAGAGACUGAUCCGGAAGCCCACGGAAUACCAUCUGGUGAUAAUGGAAAAUGUGUAGGGUUCUAGACUGUAAAGAUGGCCAUGGCAUUACUGGCUGCUGUGUAAGUUCACGCCAUUGUAAAAUGCUCAUAUGUAUGUGUGUUUUGUAUGUGUGUUAUGCAUGUGUGUCAUAUGUAUGUUUUUUAUCUAUUUUCUAUCUGUACAAUAUAUUUUUAUGUUGAA